UACUUGCCCCAGAGAAUUUUCUUCUUUCAUUUCAUUCUCUCUUUGCUCGACUUCCAAAGACCAAAACGAAAACUUCACUUUCUCUUUCUUCUUCUUCUUCUGUACAGGAUAAAGAAAAGAGUUUGCUGGAUUUCUUUAUGAUUAAAAUCCAUCAUUCUAGUGUCAAAAUUGUUAACUCACCUCUAUUUUUCAUCUUGAUCUUGACUGAGUUACACCAAUAAACAAAAUGGGUUGUGCUGGAUCAUCUCAAGCUAAACAAGACGUGUUUUUGAUGAUCCCAGAGGGUGUUAGAAAGAUUCGCAAGCCAAAGCCUUGGAAGCAUUCACAACCUAUAACAAUUGCACAACUUACUCAGAUGCGUGAUGAGUUCUGGGACACAGCUCCUCACUAUGGUGGCCAGAAAGAGAUUUGGGAUGCUCUCCGAGGUGCAGCUGAAGCUGAUGUGAGUCUUGCACAAGUGAUUGUGGACAGUGCUGGUGUCAUUGUUACAACUUCUGACUUAACAACCUGUUAUGAUGAAAGAGGUGCUAAGUAUGAACUGCCGAAGUAUGUUUUGAGCGAGCCAUCCAAUUUGAUUCGGGAGAACUGAGAAAGAUAAUAAAAAGACAUCAUGCUUCAGUAAAAGAUCAUGUAAAUCAUGUAAAUUGCUGCCAUUCCGUUUUCAUACCUUUUGCUGAAGGUGGCUAAUAUCUGUUUAGUACUUGCACUCCUUUGAUAGGAAUUCACAUCUCCACAUCUCAAUAUUGUGCCGGUAGUUAUCUUUUAACAUGGAAUCAAGGAAAAGCAGGAUCUUGUGUUCCUUGAGGUAACUAGAUUCUGUUUCUUAAAGAAAACAUAGUAGUUUGUAUACUGUACUGAAAACAUCAAUGCAAUCUCAUUUACAAAUUUUACAAGUUAA